AUUGCGUUCCCAAAACUCAAAUUUGACACCUUGAUUAAACAAAAACAAUUCACUAAAACUUAAUGAUUUAAGCCAUUAUUGAUAAUUUGAUAUGCAUUUCUUUACUUGCCAAUGUUGCCAUACAAAAAAGAAAGAAAAAGCUUUUUCUAAAAAGGCAUAAAACUAUAACAAAGUAAAAGAAAAAAAAAAUAAAAUUUGCACUUAAGAAAUAGAGUAGCUACACUUUUCCCAUCCUCAAAAAAUACUCCAAAAUAAAACAUUAACUCCGUACUCUAUUUUUGUUCCACUUCCACUGAACUCUCCUACGCCGUCUUCUCUUUUCCGGCCGCCGUAUUCUGCUACUCUCCGCCGUCAUAAGCACCGUUGAAAAGUUACCCUAUCUCAAGGCGCAUCUCCCUUGAGCAGCCCAACCCGUGCCCAAUUUUAGUAUCUCCCUUGAACUGAAAGCAUCACUUGCUGCCCCGCCACCACUUAGACCGCCGCCCAGCCGUAGCGCCGCCGUAAGUAAGCUUUUCACAUACAAUUCCUCCAUUAAAGCAUCUUCUGAGCUUUCUUUACUCCAAUGGCAUUUAGAGGUAGAGGACGUGGGAGAGGAUUUGGUGGAAGUGACUUCAAGUUUGUGAAGCCAGAAUCUUUUGUACUUUUUCCGGAUAUUGAGUUGCCUGACAGAAACAAUGUUCCUGAAGAGAAGGAUUUAGCAUUACGUAAUUUUAAGUUUCGGAACUACUUUCAAAGCUCACCGUACCACCUUGAGGAAACAUUCUCUGGUGAAGAAGCUGUAGACAUUGAGAGAUAUUCUGAUAAGGUCAACAAAAAAAGUAGAUUUGGUCGGUGCUCACUUUCUGAUUCUGGUUAUUUGAAACUUGAACCUGGAUAUUUUCCGCUAGAGCUUGUUCGAGGCACAAAAUUCAAGACUAGGAGGAAGGUUCAUUGGAAUCCAAAACGAGACCUUCAGAAGCUGGAUGUACUGGAGGAACUUGAGAAGAAAUUUGAAAAUGAAGACUCAAAAGGCAAGAAAGAGAAAGACAAAGAAGGUGACGAGGAUGAGGAAGAAGAGGAGAAUUUAGAGGAAGAAGAAGACGAUGUUGAGUCUGAUGAUGAUUACGGAAAGGGUGAAAAUUUUGAUGAUGAUGAAGAUGAUUACAACAUGAGUGAUGGUGGUGAUGAUGAAGCUGCCAUGUAGUAAUUGGCUGGUGCAUGCGGAGUGAUCUCUCUGAAUAUUGGAGGCACUACUGAUUUCAUGUUGCAUCAAGCAGACAGGUUCAGAUUUAAUCUUUCAGAUACAUCUUGUAGAGAGUAAUUUUUCCAUAGUUUUUCUUAAUUUUACUUUGUAAAUGGAGAUUUUGCCUGGUAUUACUAUUUACUGUAUAGGUUUUGAAGAGAUCCUUCUAAGUUAGGUAAGGUUAAAUUAGUCUUGGUAAACAAAUUUGUAGGCCUUUUUUGAUGAUGAAGAUAUAAAAUGAUCAAUGUUUCAGCACAA